AUGGCAGCAUACUACACUGACGUUUCCUCACUGCCAUUCAGUGCAAUCUAUGCCUUCAGCGAUCCUGAAGAUAUGCUUGAGUCAUUUAACACUCUAAUCCAAGACUGCAUUGAUCGUCACGCGCCAAUAAAGCGAAUAAAAGUCACUCGUCCCCCAUGUCCGUGGCUCAAAACCGGUGAUAUACAAGCUCUCCAAAUUCAACGCAAUAAAUUGCGCUUUGAAGCACACAAGACCUCUCUUGACAGUAUAUGGAAUGCUUUCAGAAAGGUUCGUAACAGUCUAAAAACCAAGAUCAAGGCGGCUAAACGAUCCUUCUACCAAACAGUCUUAUCCUCCAAAAACUCCAAAAAGAUCUGGAAAGUAAUUCAUUCUAUUUUAAACCCCCCUUCGCAGCCACUUCGACAUGACCCAAACGAAUUGAAUUUGCAUUUUGCUUGUACUGUUCAGCGGACACUGGGCUACACGAAUAACGUUAGCAAUAACGAUCUCUACGCUUACAUUGACUCUUUGCCUAUUUCCACUGAGCAAAGUUUCAGUUUGAAUAAGGUCAGCCAAGCAGAAGUAUUAAAAGAAUUGCAUAAUCUUCGUAAUGAUAGUUCGACAGGUCCUGAUCAAAUUCCAUCAAAGUACAUUAAACCAGUUGCUGAUAUAAUCGCAGCUCCUCUGACACACAUUAUAAACUCCUGUAUUGAUGCUAACUCAUUUCCCUCUGCUUGGAAGAUCUCAAGAAUAUCUUCCAUUCCUAAAACGGAAACUCCAAAGACCCAUGAUGAUUUUAGACCUAUCGCAAUCCUACCUGUCUUAUCCAAGAUAUAUGAAAGACUCGUCCUCAAACAGCAGUUGCCUUUUAUCGACAACUGUCUUAACGAUAAUAUGUCUGGUUUUAGAAAGGGCCAUUCUACUGCCACGAUCUUGAUGGCUAUGAGAGACGAUAUUAAGAGCGCUAUGAAAAAAGGAGAACUUACCCUUAUGCUUUUAGCAGACUUCUCGAAAGCAUUCGAUACCAUAAACUUUAAGACCGUUCUAAAAAAAUUACAUCGACUAAAUUUCUCCCAUGGCUUUUUAUACUGGAUAACGAGUUAUCUAACAAAUCGCUUCCAAUAUGUUCAAAUUGAUGACAAGAAAUCUAACCUAACACCUGUAUGCUUUGGAGUACCACAAGGAUCCAUACUUGGUCCUUUUAUUUUUAACCUAUAUGUAUCUGAUGUUGAUGUCCCUCAAACUUGUUAUCAAUAUGCGGAUGACACUUCGCUGUAUGAACAUUGUAAAACUGCCAAACUCGAUCAAUCAAUCGAUAAUAUGCAACAAUCGUUGGAUUCUCUGAAUCACUGGUCCUCACUUUCGAAUCUGUCAUUAAAUCCGAAAAAAACUAAAUCAAUGCUGUUCUCUACAGCUCAAAUGUCACGAACGCAUUCCCUCGACAAAGUUAAACUAGAUCUUAUCUGUGCUAAUCAGGAAAUAAAACGCGAAACUGCUACCAAAUUACUGGGCGUCAUUUUUACUGAUCACUUAAACUGGAAUGAACAUAUAAAAUAUUUGAC